CAUGCAGGAGACUGUUGGGCUGGCUUUAAGAUUACCUCCGCAUGAGAUGGUUGACAUUAAUAAGGGGGAGUUUCAAAUAGCUGCCCCACAGUAGUAAGGAGAGACUAUCCAAGACACACAGGCCACCGCCACAUAGCCAGGAUGUCCAUCGCAAAGAUCCAUGCUCGUGAGAUCCUCGACUCAAGAGGAAACCCCACAGUAGAGGUGGACCUUUUCACACAUAAAGGUCGCUUCCGCGCUGCUGUGCCCAGUGGCGCCUCCACUGGUGUCCACGAGGCCCUGGAGCUGAGAGACGGAAUCAAGCGCCGUUACCUGGGCAAAGGUGUAAUGAACGCAGUUGGGCACAUUAAUAACCACAUCACCCCCAAAUUACUGAAGCAGAAGCUAAAUGUGGUUGACCAAGAGAAAAUCGACAAGCUCAUGAUUGAGCUGGAUGGCACAGAAAACAAAUCUCAGUUUGGUGCUAAUGCCCUCCUGGGCAUUUCUCUGGCCGUGUGCAAGGCAGGAGCGGCCGAGAAAGGCGUGCCGCUCUACCGCCACAUCGCUGACCUGGCCGGGAACAAAAAGGUCAUUCUACCUGUGCCUGCCUUUAAUGUCAUCAAUGGAGGAUCCCAUGCUGGUAACAAGCUUGCCAUGCAGGAGUUUAUGAUCCUGCCGGUAGGAGCCCAAAACUUUCAUGAGGCCAUGCGCAUUGGCGCAGAGGUCUACCACAACCUGAAGAGUGUCAUCAAGAGCAAAUACGGCAAGGAUGCCACCAAUGUGGGAGAUGAGGGCGGCUUUGCUCCCAACAUUCUAGAAAACAACGAAGCUUUGGAGCUUCUGAAGUCUGCCAUUGAGACGGCAGGCUACACAGACAAGAUCAUCAUUGGCAUGGACGUAGCCGCUUCAGAGUUCUACAAGAAUGGGAAGUAUGACCUGGACUUCAAGUCCCCCGAUGACCCGAAACGCCACAUCACUGGAGAACAACUAGGAGACCUGUACAAAAGCUUCAUCCAGAAGUAUCCAGUCCAGUCCAUUGAGGACCCCUUUGACCAGGAUGACUGGGAGAACUGGGCCGCAUUCACAGGAUCAGUGGACAUCCAGGUGGUCGGCGACGACCUGACAGUGACCAACCCAAAGCGUAUCAAGCAGGCUGUGGAGAAAAAAGCCUGCAACUGCCUGCUGCUGAAAGUCAACCAGAUUGGCACAGUUACAGAAUCCAUCAAGGCGUGUAAACUGGCUCAGUCCAAUGGCUGGGGUGUAAUGGUCAGCCAUCGCUCAGGGGAGACAGAGGACACAUUCAUCGCAGACCUGGUGGUUGGCUUGUGCACUGGCCAGAUCAAGACUGGUGCCCCCUGUAGGUCAGAACGUCUUGCAAAGUACAACCAGUUAAUGCGCAUUGAAGAGGAAUUGGGAGAGGAUGCAAAGUUUGCUGGCAAGCACUUCCGUCAUCCCAAAGUCAACUGAGUCUGCUCAUUAUGCAGACUUGAGGACUGGUCUUAAAAGUCAUCAAAGUCAGCAGGAAGCCCUUCCCAAAAUGUCUGUGUCUGUCAACUCAUUUCACUCUUUAAAUUCCACUCUUUAACAACAGGUGCUUCUGCCAUGAGGCUGUGAAUGUCAAAUAAAAUG